ACCAAUGAAGUUGUUGCCAUUAAGAAAUUCAAGGACAGUGAAGAAAAUGAGGAGGUUAAAGAGACGACGCUGCGGGAGCUGAAGAUGCUCCGGACUCUGAAGCAGGAGAACAUCGUGGAGCUGAAGGAGGCCUUCCGCAGACGAGGGAAGCUCUAUCUCGUCUUUGAGUAUGUGGAGAAGAACAUGCUGGAGCUGCUGGAGGAGUUACCCAACGGCGUGCCGACGGACAAAGCUCGCAGCUACAUCUACCAGCUGAUCAAGGCCAUUCACUGGUGCCACAAACACGACAUCGUUCAUCGAGACAUAAAGCCAGAAAACCUUCUCAUCAGCUCUGACGACGUCCUCAAGUUAUGUGACUUUGGUUUUGCUCGUAAUCUCUCAGAAGGAACCGAUGCCAAUUACACGGAGUACGUGGCCACCAGGUGGUACCGCUCUCCAGAGCUGCUGCUCGGCGCUCCGUACGGGAAGGCGGUGGACAUGUGGUCAGUGGGCUGCAUCCUGGGAGAGCUGAGUGACGGUCAGCCUCUGUUCCCAGGGGAGAGUGAGAUUGACCAGCUCUUCACCAUCCAGAAGGUGUUGGGACCUCUGCCCCCAGAGCAGAUGAAGCUCUUCUACAACAACCCUCGCUUCCAUGGACUCAGGUUUCCUUCAGUGAACCACCCACAGACGCUGGAGCGCAGAUACCUGGGCAUCAUCGGUGGAGGCCUCCUCGACCUGCUGAAGAAUAUGCUGUUGCUGAACCCGACGGAGCGUUUCCUCACAGAGCAGAGUCUCAACCACCACGCCUUCCAGAACCUGCGGCUGGUGGAGCGGCCCGGCCCGACCACGCCCACACCUGUGCGCUCCUCCAAGAGGAAGCCUCACCAUGGAGACAACAGCACCCCCAGCAGGAGUCAUGGAGGGAAGAGUUCAGGCAGCCACCGCUCCAGCAGCAGAGAGGGCUCCAGUCUGCCGCGGCAGGACGACCUCCACCCGAGCAACGACGGCUUCCUCAACGGCAACAUGUCCAUCAACCUCAGCCCCACGCUGCACCCCAAGAACUACCAGCCGCAGAUGUUCAACCACUCCGGCUCGUGCAGCGUGGACCUGGCCAGCGGCAACCUGCCUCACCUGCUCGCCACCAGCAGCGACGCCAAGAGCAAGGCUGACUUCGACAUGAACCUGGGCUCCAAGGUGUCUGACGGCCCCGGGGCCAAGUACCUCAAAUCCAACUUCCGCUCGCAGCAGAACCGCCACUCGUUCGUGGAGGGUAAAACCAACACGCUGCAGUCCGGGGAGAAACACGGUCGCCACAGCUACGUGGAGUCUCACGGCUCCGCCCCCUCCUCUUCCAAGUUCGCCUACCUGAACUUGUCCAAAAGCUACGGCACGCUCAGCGACGCCAAGUCGGUGGGGAACUUGAACGACGUGCAUCUGUACGCCGACGAGCCCACGUCGCGGUACUUCCCGUCUAGUUGCCUGGACCUAACAGCGCCAAGCAGCCCCGUACCUCGCCGCGUCGACAGACUUGGACCUGCCGCCGCCGGCCGAGGGAGCACGCGCUCGGACCGGGAGAGCAAUACGCUGGACUCCUCUUACAGACGCAACUCUGCCCGCCACAAGACCACAGAGGACGGCAAGUCUUCAGACGCUCUAGACCCGGCGGACAGCAGCGUGGAGAGAAGCCACGCCCACUCGCUGUCCGCUCCACACGACCCCCUGUCCUACGGUCAGGGUUAUACCAGCCCAUUCUCCUCCCAGCAGCGGCCGCACCGUCACUCCAUGUAUGUGCGGCGGGAUCACCAGAGGACUCACGGGGCGGAGGAGGGUCUGGUGGUGGGUCAGGGAAUGACCACCAGAGCCUCCAGCCUCCAGCUGCUGUCCCCACAGCUGCAGCACCGCACGCUGCCUCACCACUCCGGAGGAUCGUCCAGAGAAGAGGACAUGAGCAGGGUGGGUUUAUAUCACGAGCAGCAAACAGAAGACGGAGGCUCGUCGUCCAAAGAGAAUAGAAACAUCUACAGUGAGUCCAUGCCCAGGAGAGUGGGGAGUUUCUACAGAGUUCCCUCUCCUCGACCAGACAACUCCUUCCACGAGAGUCGAGCUCAGAGUCGAGCCUCAGCUCUUUCUGCCGACAACAGCAGUUUGUCCAACCACUCCAAACGCCAGCCGACCUUUGACCCCUGGACGGGUCCAGACACAGUGGUGUUGAGUGCGUCUGAACCGUCCAAAGAGAAGGAGAAGCAGAGUUUCUUCAGAGCGAUAAAGAAGAAAAAGAAAAAGGCUCAGAUGGUUCCCCCCGACAGCGUGGACUCUGUGAUUCAGAAGUCGUCCAGGUCUGUGGGACAUCAGAGCGGCCGCCACAGGACACGUGACAAGAGCCGAGACCGCGACCAAGACAAGGAGUGGCCCCCUGAAAAACUGUCUGACUCUCACUCUCCAAGUCAGCCGCUCAAGUCGCUGCGUAAACUCCUGCACCUUUCCUCCUCCUCCUCCUCCAACCAGGCCACGCCCUCUGACAUGCGCUACCCACCGCUGUCCGGCUCCACCUCCGCGCAGAGUGGCUUUGCGGAGAGCCGGGGUCACUCCGGGGUCGGCACGCCACAGCUGAAGAGCCGUCAGGCUGCGUACCCGCUGCCCACGCAGCUGGACGCCGGCUGGCACGGCGCGCCCCUGGGACGCUCCGAGGGAAACCCCUACCCUGAGCAGAUGAACAUCAAAGGAGGACAGAAUGGACACGGCUUCGGACGCAACGCCAGGCCCCGCCUACCUAACCUCAAUGACCUGAAGGAGACGGCGCUGUGAACACGCACACACAUUUACAAUUUGGACUCACACACACAUACUUUAGA